ACGACGUGAUCGAUAUCAUCCUCUCCCUUCCUCGCUUGCGCUCUUCAAUUCUCAUGGCCAUUCGAUUUUCGGUAGUUUUCUCGUUCGACGUUUCGUCGAAAUCGGACCUGUGAAUCGAACCUAGUGUUGUAUUUUUGCAGACGCGUUCUCCAGGAGAAGGGCCCCGACAUGCCGCAAUACACCGGACAGAGUGAUGCAGAUUACCACGGAAGCAACGGCCAGGCGGACACCCAUUCGUUGCAUUCGUCUCAUUUGUCUGUCCAGGAGGAUCCAUUACUCAUCCGGAGCCAUAAGCAGCAAACUACUCAACAAGUGACAAACGUGUCGAAGGUGGUCCGCGAGGUAUCGCACAUGGAGCCGGAUCCAGGCGCGGUGAGCUACAUGUCAGUGCCAUUGAUGUCCCAGGACUAUCAGCACGCGGACCGUCGAUACCCGGCUGACUCGUACAUGGUCGGUUUCGAGCAUUACGAGCCGUACCUCGGCUAUCCGCCGCAGCCGGGGUAUCCAGGGCCCCACGGUAUCUACAUGCCGCGCUCGCAUUCUCCUCACAGUCCUCAUAGUCCUUCGGAACACAGUCGUGCCUCGCCACCGCACGAAUACCUGCGCAAGGCGGCACCGUACGUGGAGGGCGGUUACAACGACAUCGAUCCAGGUUUGAAUCCCGCGUUGCAAGAUCAUUAUCGCAUUACUCCUAGUCCUGGUGGUCCCGGAGAUCAAUAUGAUCAAAUCAGCAACUCUUGGAAUAUGGAUGACUCUGGCGAACCCUCUCAGCAUCCUCAUGAUGAGAACAAAGUGGCCUACGGUUACGUGUCUCCGUCCCCCUACGGACCUGUUGGAUACGGCCCUGGCGUUGGGGUAGGUCCAGUGGCAGUUCCUAGCGACGUACCCGGUUACGACGAAGGCCAUCCGGUCCAGCUCCCCUCCGGUGUACCUCCGGGAAUGUUCGACGACGAGGUUCAUCUUCAACGGUUACAAUCCCGGCAUCCGGUGGUGCCCGGCAUGGCCAGCCCGCUGGACGACGAUCAGAAAUCCAUGAGAUGGCGGGAUCCGAAUCUGUCGGAGGUGAUCGGCUUCCUCAGCAAUCCGAACAACAUCAUCAAGGCGAACGCUGCCGCGUAUCUGCAACAUCUCUGCUACAUGGACGACCCGAACAAGCAGAAGACGCGAAGCCUCGGCGGAAUACCGCCUCUAGUUCAAUUGUUGGAUCACGACAACCCGGACGUGUACAGGAACGCCUGUGGCGCGUUGCGGAACUUGUCUUACGGCAGGCAGAACGACGAGAACAAGAGGGCCAUCAAGAACGCCGGCGGUGUACCGGCCUUGAUCAAUUUGUUACGUAGGACGUCUGACGCGGACGUUAAGGAACUGGUGACGGGGGUUCUCUGGAAUUUAUCCUCGUGCGAGGACCUCAAAAAAUCAAUCAUUGACGACGGCGUAACAAUGGUGGUUAACAACAUAAUCAUCCCACAUAGUGGCUGGGACCCAAGCUCCUCCAGUGGCGAGACCUGCUGGUCGACCGUGUUCAGAAACGCGUCUGGCGUUUUGAGAAACGUCUCCAGCGCUGGCGAGUACGCGAGGAAGAAAUUACGCGAGUGCGAAGGUCUGGUUGACGCUCUUCUCUACGUAGUACGGUCCGCCAUCGAGAAGUCGAACAUCGGGAACAAGAUCGUAGAAAAUUGCGUGUGCAUCCUGCGGAACCUGAGUUAUCGGUGUCAGGAAGUGGAGGACCCAAACUACGACAAACACCCGAUUCAAUCGACCGUACAGAACAGGGUGGCGGCUCCGGCUAAAGGUGAAAACUUGGGUUGCUUUGGCGGAAGCAAGAAGAAGAAGGAUGGCCAACCGGUGCAAAAGGAAACGACCGCGUCGCGCACCACCACCAGCCCAAGAACGGAACCUGUCAGAGGCAUGGAGCUACUCUGGCAACCGGAAGUGGUCCAGUCUUAUUUGAAACUGCUGCAGACAUGCUCGAACCCGGAGACUCUCGAGGCAGCGGCCGGAGCGCUUCAGAACCUCGCAGCCUGCUACUGGCAACCGAGUAUUGAGAUUCGCGCGGCCGUUAGGAAGGAGAAGGGACUUCCUAUUUUGGUUGAGCUGCUGCGGAUGGAGGUGGACCGCGUCGUCUGUGCGGUGGCCACGGCUCUCAGAAACCUCGCCAUAGAUCAGCGUAACAAGGAACUGAUUGGAAAGUACGCGAUGCGCGAUCUCAUUCAAAAGUUACCUUCAGGGAAUAACCAGCAUGAUCAGGGAACCAGUGAUGACACAAUCGCCGCUGUUCUUGCCACUUUGAACGAGGUGAUCAAGAAAAACGCCGAGUUCUCACGAUCUCUAUUAGACGCUGGCGGUGUCGACAGACUGAUGAACAUCACCAGGCAACGCCAGAAAUACACGCCUCGUGUUCUUAAAUUUGCAGGACAAGUCUUGUUCACGAUGUGGCAGCACCAAGAGCUGAGAGAUGUUUACAAGAAGCACGGCUGGAAAGAACAAGAUUUCGUUACAAAAACAGUGGCAGCGCGGAAUUCAGGGCCUAAUUCACCGAAUAAUGCCAAUAGCUAUGAUUGUAGCACACUGAACCGACCGAUGGCAAGCCAAGGGAGCACCAGAUACGAGGACAGAACGAUUCAGAGAGCGAACAUGAAUUCGAAUAACGUCGGUCGACCCACUAUAUAUCAGCCUCAACCGAAACCCGGUGAGCCGCUCUACGCGCAAGUUAACUUGGAGAAGAAAAAGAAGCGGCAGUAUGAGCUGGGGGUGGGCCAGGCGCAGGGUCAGGGCCCGGUCGUCGGCUCGGGAGUGGGCGUCGCAGCCGGUGCACCAACGGCUGGCCAGUGGGUGGCCGAUGGCGUUGGUGUCCCCGAUGGUUCGGCCGCCACCGCGACCGUGAACGUACCACCGAAUUCCACCGCUGCCUCAGCCGGCGAUUCCUGGGUAUAACAGGGUGUCCGUGGUCCAGCCGCCGUCCAGGAGGCUGCCAUCCUUUCCCCGAGGCUGCUGUACGCGUAGACGUCUCCCGAUUGCCGGGGAGCGAGGGACUCGGUGUCCGAAGUGAUGAAGCAGAGACGAGGGAAAAAAAUAGUAGAAAUUAUCUUGCCGAGUUUUCUUUUCAUUUUUUGCUGAAUGGAAAUGAUCGAUGGAAGACUAGAUGUGUUGUAGGGCAUUGAGGAAUGGAUGAUAGGAUUCUUGGCUCUAUUUUGUUCCUUUUCUUUUUUUCUUUUUCUUCCUUUCUUACUUCAUUCGAUUAGGUCGUUACUGCGCCGAGAACGACGCCGUACUUGUUGGAAGACACGAUGAUGUACAUUGGGAGGGAAACGGAAGACUGAGGACAAGAAGGGUAUAGAGGUGUUAGUGGCUGAGACACGGGAGCCUCUCCGAAUAUAAACUUCCACGGAAGUUUGCGUCGUCGAGCAUCUGCUUAAGGCGCGGUCUUGUCGAGAAACGAGAUUACGCAGAAAUUUGAAGAAAAAAGAAAAAAAAAAAAGAAGAAAUAUAAAAAGAAAAAAAAAAAAAAGAAUUCGCACUCCGCACCCCACCACGUUAUCGAUGUAUAGUAGAGACGGUGAAGCGACUUGUCCGACCACAUCCGCAGCAGUAGUCGCACUAAUGGCUCUAAACCUUCAUUGCACAAUUCUAAAUUAAUAUAUAUACGAUAUAAUAUAAAUAUAAUACAUGUAUAUGUAUAUUUUAAGACGGUGAAAGAAACACCGUAAUUGCGAGAGCACUACUAAUGUUAAGUAAUAAGCGGUAUUACUACGAACGAUUAUUAUUAUUUUUAUUAU